AAACAGUAAAAAAUUUCAAGUUCGAUUAAAUCGCAUCUAGUUUAGUGCUUGCUAUUCGUAUACAAGAAUGUGAUUCAAGGAUAUAGGCAAUGUUAAUUGUUUCAAAAGUAAACCUUGUCAAAGGAUGAAUGAAACGAUUCUAAUAAAAUGUGCAUUUAUUGUAAACUGUUCGUGUAGUUGACAAUUCUUUCUUGUGCGUCUAGGAUAAGUUAAAUUAAAAAUUAACAAAAUGACGAAAACGAAAGUGGAUCUGUCUUCAAUUUCAAAUUUUAAUUCAACGACAACACUAACCAAAAAUGACCAAAACCAAUUAUCAACUCAAGUUAGUGUUGAAAGUAACCUAGAUCAACCCUACAAUCCAUAUGAUCACAGAACCCUGCAACAUCCAAACACAUAUACUGGGGCAUUAAUACACAUUCUAAAAGGAUCCCUUGGGAGUGGAUUGUUAGCAGUUCCAAGGGCGUUUAUGAGUGCCGGACUCCUGGUAGGAGUCAUCGGCACGAUGGUUGUUGGAUUUAUUUGUACAUAUGCGAUACAUCUUCUGGUAAUGGCGUCUAAACGAGUUUGUACGGAUUUAAAAAUUGGUAGCCUAGGCUUCGCUGAAACAGCUGAGGCAGUUUUUAUACACGGACCCAACCAGUUCAAAAAGUUUUCACAAGUUGCAAGAUUGUUUGUGGAAAUAUCAUUGACCAUGACACACUUUGUAGGAAAUGCAGUGUAUGUUGUAUUUAUUUCCGAGUCAAUAGCUAAGCUUGUCGGUUUCUACCAUCCACCUGCGUUACACUGGGGACAAUACUUUAAACUGAUCAUACUGUUCCUUUUAAUAAUAUUCUGUCAGAUAAGAGAACUUAAGCAUUUGGUACCAUUCUCAUUUAUAGCGAACGUGACAAUGACAUUGGCUUUGGUAAUUACAGGAUAUUACAUGAUAAAAGAAUUGACUCAUGUUGAAAUAAAGGACCGAAAAUUAGCAACAGAUAUAUAUGGAAUUCCAACAUUUUUCACUACAGUCCUUUUUGCAAUGGAGGGAAUCGGAACCAUAAUGCCUGUUGAAAAUUCUAUGGUUGAAGACAGAUUCACAGGAUGUCCAGGGGUUCUAAAUACAGCUAUGACUUCUGUCGUAGCUUUUUAUACAAUAAUUGGUUUUUGUGGAUAUUUUGCUUAUGGUGACAAAACAGCAGCUACCAUCACCAUAAAUUUACCUGACGAUGAAAUAUUAGCUCAAGUUGCUCAAGCGUCUAUUUCAGCAGCGAUAUUUUUCACGUUUAUGCUCCAAUACUACGUACCAAUCGAUAUAACAUGGAGGAGAAUAAAACCAUAUGUGCCAAAGGAAAAAGAAAACAUAGUACAAAUAGUCUGGCGAACUCUAACAGUUUCCUUCAUAGUAGGAGUAGCAGCGGCAGCUGGAGAUAAACUAGGACCUCUAAUAGAUCUCAUGGGAGCAGUUUUCUUUUCUACUUUGGGGUUAUUUGUCCCAUCUCUUCUCGAUAUUAUUGUUAAUUGGAAAGAUUGGGGUAGAUAUAAUUGGAUUUUGGUAAGAGAUUUAUUUGUGAUAUCAAUGUUUACGUUUGGUUUUACGGCAGGAACUUAUUACGCUGUUCUUAAUUUUGUCAAAUAGGGGCAGCCUUUUUUGUUAGAUAUUUUAAAUGCGCAGUAUUUUUAUAUUACUUUUAGUAGCUAUUCAUCUGUGAAUGCGAAUAAUGUGAUAACAAUUUUGUAAAAUUUUUAUAUUAUCUAUAUGUAUAAAUUGUAGUUAUGUAUUUUAACAUAAUAUUAUAAAGACUCAUUAACAAAAGAUAAGUGAACGACGAGUAAAGAUUUGCCUAAAAAAUAAACAAAAAAAGUAAUAAUUCUAUUAAAAUAUGUACAUGCUUUUUGGCUAAAGGGCAUUUUUGAAGAGUUGGUAAAAACGAAACACAACCUAAUCCUAACCAAAUUCAAUAAACAACUUAACGCAAACUUGGACAGAAAAGUGGAUAAACUCCAUAUACAAAACAGGUAAUAAGGAAAAAUGCAAGAAUUACAGAUUCAUAACACAAGCACGCUGAAUAGGUUAUAUAACAUAAUAAUAAAAGAGAUGAUGUGCGAGGAAUACCACCCUUAUGAAUUUGAAGAACAAAGUGGCUCUAGAGCAGGAAGAUCAACUAUUGAUAGCAUUUUCUGCGUAUCUCACAAAAAUAAAAAAAAGAUCGCAAGACCACAAGAAGUGCAACUGUUUCUAAUAGAUCUUAAAAUCGCAUAUGAUAUUGCUUCAAUAUUAUAACUAUGGAAACUCUUGAAAUUAUAUAGAGGUACAACUGCCAGAGUAAAAACGGACGAUAGAACAUCACAUAACUUUAUAUAAACAUAUCACACAAAAAUAUAUCACAUAAAAAAAUGCUUAAGGCAAGGUAGCUUUCUCCAAUUUUAUGUAUAUGUAAUGUUUGAGUGAAAGUUGGUGUGGGAUUUGACGGGGAGGUUAGCAUGGGGAUUGGCACGUAUAUUGACGCGAAAAUACACAAGAGGGGAUAUAC